GUGAACGCGCCCGGCCUUUAUAAGCGCGCUCCCGCGGCACUUUCUCUCCUCUUCGUUCAUACAGCUCGGACUCUCCGCUCCAGCACAGGGAUAAAAAGUGCCAUGGCUGCCAAAACUGAACGCACCUUCAUCGCCAUCAAGCCCGAUGGAGUUCAGAGGGGCCUCAUCGGAGAGAUCAUCAAGCGCUUUGAGCAGAAGGGCUUCAGGCUGGUGGCCCUCAAGUUCCUCCAGGCGUCUGAGGAGCUGCUGAAGCAGCACUACAUUGACCUGAAGGACAGGCCGUUCUACCCUGGACUCGUCAAGUACAUGGGCUCUGGACCUGUGGUCGCCAUGGUGUGGGAGGGGCUGAAUGUGGUGAAGACAGGCAGAGUGAUGCUGGGCGAGACCAACCCUGCAGACUCCAAACCCGGCACCAUCAGAGGAGAUCUCUGCAUCGAAGUUGGCAGGAACAUCAUCCAUGGCAGCGACUCUGUGGACAGCGCUAACAAAGAGAUCAACCUGUGGUUCAAGCCGGAGGAGCUGGUGUCCUUCAAGAGCUGUGCCUACGACUGGAUCUACGAGUAAAUCCGUCCUCCUCAAACUGUAGCUCUGCCCCAACUUGACCCUCGUUUCUGGACCAUUCAUCAUCGCAAUGCUGUACACCUGACAUUUGUAUCAUGACCUGUCUGUUUUCUGACUGUGGAGCACUUACCGAAUAAAACCCUUGAGGAAAAUUUCA